AUGAUUCACUUGUCACGCCGGUGGCGACUCCGAGUCCGUGGUUCUCGACAACGCCAUCGUUUCGCAACCUUCCCACACGGAAGGUCGUCGAGAAUGAUCACACAUGUGUUUGGUUAUAGCAAAAGUCCAAAUGCGAAAUGCCAGGCCUGUGGGGCAUCUUCUCUCCCCAAAGGUACCCUUCGGUACGGAAAAAACACCAAGAAUGAAAUAGGAGAAACGGUCGAAUGGAGGCACUGGGCCUGCGUGACACCUCAGAUCCUCUCUGAACUUGCGCGUCUCGUCUUGAGCAGCGCGCCUGGAUUCAAUCAACUCACGGUCCAUGACCAGAGCAAGAUUCGGACAGCCAUUUCUCGAAGGCAGAUAGAUCCCAGAGACGCUGCGAUCCGAUCGAAUGUGGGUACAUCGACUCCCAGUACGAGCACCGCACAACGCUCGGUUCUGUCUUCCGCCCCAAAACGGUCUAGGGCUCAGUUCGAGGGUGCCUCUAGCGCAAGUGCUAUCGAGCGCGUCGCUCUUGAGGAAGAAGAAGAGUCGUCAACGCCGGAGGCCGACAUCGACGAACUGUACGUCACUCUACGCACGAACAUCGUUGGCAUCCAGUACUACAGGGGUCUUGUUGGUGCCGGAGAACAAGUCCUUCUGCUUCGGGAGCCUACGAAUCAGUACGACUCAAAUGCCAUCCGGGCCGUCAACAUUGGAGGCCAGCAGGUCGGGCAUAUGCCCAAGAACGUGGCGAUGAAGCUUGCCCUGUUGUUGGACAUGAACUUGAUUACCGUCGAAGGUGUCAUGCUACAAGGAAAUUUGACGGCAACUUCGAGGAAGAUCUAUGUCCUAGACAUAAAUGUGAAGAUAUACGGGUCCAUGAACAAAAGACGAGAACUCGAGCCUAGGCUUGUUUGGGCUACUCCCGGCCAGCGCGGUUUCGCUGCAAUGGGCGGUGCUCAACCAGCCUACUCGCAAGCAAUGCCGAUGCCGACACCGUCAGCCGGGCCGUCGCGACCGACUGCGGCGCAGACAAAAGCUCAGCAGGCGGCGCAACGCAAGCAACAAGAAGCUCUACAGAAGCAACAGGAGGCUCUCCGGAAGGCGGCUGACUUGAAAAAGAUGUUGAGCACACUGGAGCAGGUCGAUGAUGAGGCCCGCCGGGCUUCGCUGUUGGAUGAGCUGCUGUCGACGGAAGAUAUUCUGAAGCUGCCAGAGCAUCCGAAUCCUCCUGGUAUCGGCCGCGGGUUGCGGGUAGACUUACUCAAGCAUCAGUCCCAAGCUCUGCAGUGGGCGAUAGAACGAGAAUGCCCCAAGCUGCCAACGCAAGAAGCUGACAAACCCGUCCAGUUCUGGCAGUUCAAGCGAAAUGGCAAUCAGACAUACUACUAUAAUCUUGCCACCAAGACCCCCCAGGUCACAGCCCCAGUGCUGGGAAGGGGGGCCAUGAUUGCGGAUGCCAUGGUCGGGUUUGGUGGGUACUGUGUGACACUUACCCAGACUACUCACAUUCAAUACCAGGGAAAAACUCUGACUCUUCUGGCACUCCUUUUGGUUACCAAAACAGAUGUUCCAAAAGACUAUUCGAACAGUACACUGAUUGUCGCACCUCUCAGUGUAAUCUCCAACUGGGAAAAGCAAAUCGAUGACCACUGCGUCCCAGGAUCGCUUACAUACUACGUCUACUACGGAAGCAAACGCGACAUCGAUGCAGACGAGCUCAGCAAGUACGAUGUUGUGAUCACGAGCUAUCAAACGGUCAGCGGUGAGCACAGCGAGCGUGGAUCAGGUGCUCCCAGCAGGAAGAAGAAGAAAUCCGAUGGCGCUCUGUUUGACAUCUCAUGGAAGAGAGUUGUUCUAGACGAAGGUCACAUCGUCCGCAAUUCCAAGACGAAAAUGGCCAAAGCAGUGUGUGCCUUGAAAGCGCAGAGGCGAUGGGUGCUAGCUGCAACACCUAUCAUCAACUCCCCCAAGGUUGAUCUCGGCUCGCUUUUGACUUUCCUCCGAAUCUGUCAACCACUAGACAAUGAAGACUUCUUCAAGCGACUGUUGCUUCGACCUCUCAAAGACGGCGAUCCGGCUGGGGCUGAUCUUCUGCGGGUAGGGCUGUUCUUUUACCCGGAAACGACUACUGAUGCACUGCAGAAUCUCAUGAACCACAUUUGCAUUCGACGCACAAAGGAGAUGCAAGAUUCUGAAGGGAAACCUCUUGUCCCUCUGCCCCCAGUAAAACUUGAUUGUGCUUCUCAACGAUACACUAUCACUGACCAUGUUGGCCAGGUGGAAAUGAUCGUCGUGCCUGUCACUUUGUCAGAAGAAGCAAGGGUUUUAUAUGACCAAGUGGAAGAGCUUUCCAAGACACGUGUAGAGGCAUUCAUGCGCAGCACCAACACCUUUGUCUGUCAACGCCCUUUCGCAGAAGCCAUUUUAACGCAACCUCAGGCUCAAUCAAACGUUCUGAGUUUGCUCACGCGUAUGCGUCAAUUGGUCCUUCACACCGGGCUCGUUCCUGCAAACUAUAUUGACGAGCUGAAAGCUAGCGACAGUAUUGAGGGGGAUGGACCCGCGCAGACCAUCGUUCUCACGACUGCUGACAAAGCACGCUUACAGGCCAAACUCGCACAGGCGAUUGAAGAGUGUGAAGAAUGCCCGAUCUGCUUUGGUAUGCUGGAGCAGCCACGGAUCACGGCCUGCUCGCACAUCUUCUGCCUGUCGUGCAUCACGGAGGUGAUCUCGAGAGAUCCCAAGUGCCCGCUGGACCGCCGACCAAUCUCCAUGUCCGAUGUGAUUGCUCCCUUGCCGCCGAUGGAAGCCACCCAGGCCCCGUUCCGAGAGUCGGAUGAUCAGAGCAUCAGCGCAGAUGGAGGCUCCUCUGCCAAGAUUGACCAACUGAUCCAAUUGUUGAACUUGACUGAAGCGCAAGAGAAAAGUCUCGUCUUCUCUCAGUUCACGAGCUUUCUCGACAAAAUUGCCGAGCGCCUGGACGAUGCCGGGAUCGCGUAUCUGAGGUUUGAUGGGCGGAUGUCCGCCAAACGGCGCGAAGAGACGAUUGCUCGUUUCUCUAUCCCUGUGUCGGAGGGAGACACCAAUCAGAAUGCUGGCAGCGAUUCGGAUUUCAUAGAUGACGACGAAGACUUUUUCAGGCCUGGAAGGAAGGGCAAAGCCAAAGCGGGGCCUUAUCCAUCCAGUGGGGUGAAUCCUAGGGUGAUGCUGAUCUCCCUGAAAGCCGGGGCCCUUGGCUUGAAUUUGACUGUUGCGAACAAUGUUUAUCUCAUGGAUCCGUGGUGGCAAGAGGGGAUCGAAUCGCAGUCAAUAGAUCGAGGUGCAUUCUCUCUCACAGGGUCGCACUUUAUAUCAGCUGACUUUACUUUCUCUGCUCUCCAAGUGAACCGGAUUGGACAGACUAAGCCUGUGCACGUGUAUCAGCUGAUCGCCGAAAACACCGUCGAAUCCAAAGUGCUUGAGAUCCAGGAAAGGAAAAAGAAGCUCAUUCAUGAGGCGGGCUUUCUCCGGCAUGAAACGCGUCGAAACUCAACGGCAACAAAAGCAGGCCCGUCUGCAAGAUCUGAUCGAACUCUUCGGGUUGAGGCAGCAGGCAUUGAGCCAGAGGGCUUGAGCAGUUGUUGGCUGACAUCCUGACUGCAUGUUGCUGACGAUAAGAUAACGACCGGCCGUGGCCUAUGGGCAAACCAUACUAGAUUAGAGUUUGUCAUCACUUGUGUCUCCACAUCCAUGGCUGCUAGUGCUCCAAUCGAGCUGGUAUUCCGCACUGUAGACGGCCUGGACCUCACACUCGAUGCAUACGUCCCCUCUCAGGCCACUGAGACGUCCAAGGCGGCAGUACUGCUCUGGUGGCACGGUGGCGGUCUGCUGCAGGGCACUCGCAAAGGCGUCUCUCCACACCACCGAGCUGCCCCCGCAAAGCACAAUAUAUGCGUUAUAUCCCCAGACUACCGACUGGCGCCCCAAACGCGUCUUCCGGGGAUCCUCGCCGACUGCAAAGCCGCGCUUGAAUUUAUCAAGUCCCCCGCCUUUGCGAAAGCUACCGGGAACCGCGUCGACUCCAGCAAGAUAGUGCUGAGCGGCAGCUCGGCCGGCGGCUGGCUCUCCCUCCUCGUGGGCACAGGCAUCGGAUACGAGGCAUCCGGCCUGGAGCCUCCCCCGCCUGUUUCGGGGAUCCCAUCACCGACCUCGCAGACCCGUUCUGGACGACGAAACAGCACCCUGUCAGCUACUUCCCACGCGUCAUCCCUGACGAGGAGGUCGCCUCGUUCGUGGAUCCCUCGGCAGCGAAGCUGGCCUUCUCGGCGCUAGACAGCCCGCGCGCCGUGUUCUAUCACUACAUGCUGCAGGAGGGCAUUCUGGAGAAGCUGUUGCUCGAGGGGACGGGCAUUCCCGGCUCCGCCUUCGCCGCCGCGCCUGCGAUCAAGUCGGGUAAAUUCACGCUGCCCCCGGUAUAUAUUGUCCACGGCGCGAUCGACGACAAAGUGCCGCCGAGACAGAGCCGGGAUGUGUGCACGUGCUGCAAGAGCUCAAGGGUGACGUGCGGUACGAGGAGCUCCCGGGGGUGGACCAUCUCUUCGACAGGGAUCCGCGGUGCGACAUGGAUAGCAAGUACGCAUUUAUCACACGCGUUACGAAGUAGCAGUACGAAAGCAGAUGGCGGCUGUAAGAUAAUCACAGAUCAAGAAGGUGCAGAUCCUAGGAUUGUCCGUGCCCAUUGUCCGUCUCCUCGAACUCGCUCAGCGAAGUAUCGCCCAACGUGGACUGCAGCUCGUCGAUCACUGCAGCAUCCGUUGGAUUUGUCGGUUCGAGCGAGUCUUCCAUAUCUGACGGCACUCGCAGAACACCAAGGCUCACCAUGACUGCUUCUACAAGCAGCUCGUCGUCGGCAUACUCGCUGCCAACCACUUUCGCCCCGCCACCUUCAACUAGACCCUUUCGUACUGCCUCUUUUCCAAUCCCAAUCAAACCCCGUAUGGACCCGUGUCGCGUUCCACUGCUUUUCCCUGGAGAAAUGAGCGCGAGAAGCAAAGUUUUCAUGAUUCGUGGGGCAAGCGACGGGUAUGUCGUAGAAUGUUCUCUCAGAAGAUGCGAAAGCGUCUGGGCCGUUAACGUUCUCAAGAGUGUAGCGUGAGAGGGCGGGAGAGACGAGUGCAGUAAUGUGGAAAGAAUGGGCGGCAGCAUCUGAUGCAGCUGCGCAGGUACUCAGAGAUGACAGAAUUCGUGAAAAGUGGGAUCACGUACGUAGGGUUCCACGAACAAGGUCUUAUUCGCCAAAAGCGAACUCGUCACAGACACCAGAACUUCAAGCACCUUCCCAUCCAUUUCCGACAUCCCUCCUUCCUUCAAUUCUCUGACUACACCAUCGCCCACCCAUUUGAUCAGAUAGGGCAGGAGCGCCUGUAACCCGGCGUCUGUUCGCAAACUGGCCAGUGCCGCAUCGCGCUUGGCGACGUCAGGACCGGGUGGUAACAACGAUGAACUGCUGCUGCUGCUGGAAUUGCUGCUCCUGUUUCUUCGUGGCUGCAGUGGGCGGUGCGGGAGCCACCCCAUUUGCGACCGAAGGCUGUACGUCCGUCGGGAGCUCUCUUGGUAUUGCAGGCGGAUUUUCAGGGAUGAGUGGCUGGACGCCUUCGACCGCGAGCCAAUGAGCCGUCCAAGUGACGCCUUUGGGAGGGUGAUCUUCUCUUCUCGUAGGACGCGGUCAAAGUCGAUCUCCUCGUCUUCGACGAAGUAAACCGAACCGGCGGCGGGUGUUUGAGGAAAUGGAAGCGCCCGCUUGAAUGUCGGAGGGUUGUGCGAAGAGUGCCCAUAGAGUGGUUCUAUGUUGAGGACUCGUAGCGCCUGUUCAAUGUCCGUGGUUGACAUUACGGUACGCCGACCGUGAC